AUGUACACAAACGCUCUUGAGCAAAAAUUUCUCUUCUUGCAUACAAUUGGUGCACCCAGAAGCGGUGGAGGCCGCAAGCGUGAGCACUACUGCUCAUUUGCUGACGACUGGUGCGGUUGGAUCAAUGAUCCGAAUAGCUGGCGCUAUCGUUGGUCCCUUGUGAAUGCCUCCAGCUUCGAUGCCUCUCUCCGCGACCUCAGUGCUGCUAGCUCUGGUAAGACUGGAAGAAAACCCGAUCAGGAGACUGUUAGCGCCUGCUUCUUAGCUGCCCAGUUGGCUCCACAGGAGCAGGCAUCUAGUCUGUUCACUUGGUUUGGAGGAGAUGGUGAAGCGGACUCCUCAAUUGGUCAGACCAAACCUAUAUCCUCUCUCAGUCGAGCUGCCUCAUCCAGCAGUGACGACUCGGCUCCGUUGCAAUCGCGGCUCUGGAGCCCACUGAUCCCUUCAGAGAUUGGCCUGAGGUGUAUCAGAUUUUACUACCAUCUCGCAUUGGGCCGGCCAAAGAGAUCUGGACUAAGUCGCACUGCUGCUGGACUAGCUCUUCUACAACGACAAGAAGGGUAA